AUGCCAUCGUCGCGGCGACAGCGGUCGCGCUCGCGGUCGGUCGGCCGGCGCGCGUCGCGCGGGAGCAGUCGCUGGCAGACGCGGCGGCGGUCGCGCUCUGCAUCGCAAGGAGAGGAACAACGUGAGCAGCAGCUGAAGCGGAUGUGCGCGCGCUCGCCGCCGCGUGUAGCGCGCAAUGAGGACAAGAAGACGCGCGACUUUUCGCACUUGGUCGCGUGGGGAAAGCGGGAAACAAAGGACUCGAACGACGGCGAAGAGGAAGAGGUUCAGGAGGUGGAGAAGCCGAACUUCGGCCUCACGGGCGCUCUGGCCAAGGACCAGACGACGGGAAACAUGCGCAAUGGUGUGGUCGUGAAGUUUUCCGAGCCGCCAGAAGCUCGACAGCCGACGAGACGCUACCGGCUGUACGUGUUCAAGGGCGACGAGAACAUUGCGACGCUGCACGUGCACCGCAAGAGUGCGUUCCUCAUUGGGCGUGACAAGGCUGUGGCAGACAUCCUGACUGAGCAUCCCUCGUGCUCGAAACAGCAUGCGGUGUUGCAGUACCGAAUGUACCAAAAACCGACAGAGGACGGUCUCGGGUACGAGCAGGACGUGCGGCCGUACAUCAUGGACCUCAAUAGCACCAACGCGACGUUCCUCAACGGCCGCGAGAUUGACGGCUCGAGGUACAUCGAGCUCAAGGAGAAGGACGUACUCAGGUUCGGCGAAAGCACGCGCGAGUACGUGCUCAUGUUGGCAGCGUAG